AUGGCGGGUUCAAUGCACUUGUCGCGACUCCGGAACUGGUUCCUUGCCUCUCCGCCAAUCGAGUUCGCCAUCUCGAACCUCAAGGAGCUCCUGGUUGGCGCACUCCGCCAGGGCCCGAUCCCUCAACAUGUGGCUUUCGUCAUGGAUGGAAAUCGCCGGUUUGCCCGAUCGCAUGGUAUUGAGACGGUCGAGGGACACAAUCUCGGUUUUGAGGCACUGGCAAGGAUUCUAGAGGUCUGCUACAAGAGCGGAGUGAAAGUCGUCACCAUUUACGCCUUCAGCAUCGAGAAUUUCAAGCGCUCAAAAUUCGAGGUGGAUGCCCUGAUGGAUAUGGCCAGGGUGAAACUUUCACAAAUGGCGCAACACGGAGAUCUUUUGGACCGGUAUGGAGCCAAGGUGCGCGUUCUUGGCCGACUCGAUCUUCUCAAGCCCGACGUCCUGGCCGCCGUCAACAAGGCAGUUGAGUCCACCAGUCGCAACGGCGACUGCGUGUUAAACAUCUGCUUCCCCUACACCUCACGCGACGAGAUCACCACCGCUAUUCGUUCGACUGUGGAGGAUUACAGUACGCCUCUCCAAGCCAACGGCGUUCCUCGGACCCCCUUCUCCGAAUCCCAUAUCAGACAUAAUAUACGUGCCCAGACCCAGGGGUCUAAAACACUAGAUUCACAGAGUGACUCUGGAUCUACAUCGGCGGAGUCUUCUCAGGAGGAUGAUUCGAUUCUGCGGAACGAUCGCCCCAACCGGUUCUAUGAAUCCGGCUCCUCUUUCUCGUCCUCUGCUACUCUUCAUCUUGAUAAGAAUGGAUCUCAUGGUGAUAAGCCGGCUUUCAUGUCUCCCGAAACGAUUUCGCGCCAAACCCUCAAUGAUCAUAUGUUGACCAAGGGCACCCCACCGUUGGAUCUCCUUGUGCGGACAUCGGCCGUGGAGCGAUUGAGCGACUUCAUGCUCUGGCAGUGCCAAGAAAACACCGAAAUUGUCUUCUUAGACGUCUUGUGGCCCGAGUUUGACUUGUGGCAUUUCUUGCCGGUGCUUCUUGGGUGGCAGCGACGUAUAUCCAAGUCCCGAAAAAACCCUGACGCCGAGGGAAAUUUUGCCGGUGACAAUGCAGAAUCCAGCGAAGAGGAUUUAGACUCCAUGGUGUUACGACAGAACAAGCUGAAAGCUAUCUAG